AUGGCCGAUAAUGCGACUCGCGUAACCCCUCAGGGUGGGAUCUUGGAAGGUGGUAAUCCGUCUCACUAUGACAAAAAGAACCCCAUCGUCAUAUUCAUCAUUCAGGCCAGCAUUAUCAUCAUCUUGUGUCGAGCGCUGCACUGGCCACUGUCCAAGAUUCGCCAGCCUCGUGUCAUUGCUGAAGUUAUCGGCGGUGUCAUUCUGGGCCCCUCGGUCAUGGGUCGCAUCCCAGGCUUUACAGAAGCCAUUUUUCCGGAUGCUUCGAUUCCCAAUCUGAACCUUGUGGCAAACCUAGGUCUUAUCCUGUUUUUGUUCCUCGUCGGCCUAGAAACCGACCUCCGUUUUCUGUUCAGCAAUUUGCGCGUGGCGGCCAGCGUGUCAGCGGCGGGAAUGAUCCUGCCGUUUGGCCUUGGAUGUGCCAUCUCGUAUGGUCUGUACAACACCUUCAGCGAUGAGCCCGGUACCGUCAAGAUCAAUUUUGGGACCUUUUUGCUCUUCAUCGGUAUUGCCAUGGCUAUCACAGCAUUCCCGGUUCUAUGUAGAAUCCUAACUGAGUUGAAACUGCUCGGCACAAAUGUUGGUGUAAUCGUGCUGUCGGCGGGUGUGGGCAAUGACGUGGUUGGUUGGAUUCUUCUUGCCCUCUGUGUCGCUCUGGUGAAUGCAGGGACUGGUCUAACGGCUCUUUGGGUUCUACUCGUCUGUGUGGGAUAUGUUCUGUUUUUGUUUCUUCUCUUCCGACCGUUGUUCUUACUUUUCCUCAAGAAAACGGGAAGCCUCCAGAAAGGCCCUAGCCAAUCGGUAGUAGCGGUCACCCUUCUGAUCGCUUUGGCUUCCUCCUUCUUCACUCAGGUGAUCGGAGUUCACGCCAUCUUCGGUGGAUUCCUAAUCGGUCUCCUUUGUCCUCACGAGGGUGGAUUCGCCAUCAAGCUAACAGAGAAGAUCGAAGACCUGGUUGCUGCCCUCUUUUUACCCCUCUAUUUCACCCUGUCUGGUCUCCAAACCAACCUGGGACUGCUUGAUACCGGUCUUGUAUGGGGAUACGUGAUUGCCGUGAUCGCGAUCGCACUUAUUGCCAAGAUCGUUGGUGGCGCACUGGCGGCCAGACUUUGCGGCCUUCUCUGGCGAGAGAGCUUAUCCAUCGGCGUGUUGAUGAGUUGCAAGGGUCUUGUCGAACUAAUUGUCCUGAAUAUCGGUCUACAAGCCAAUAUCCUGAGCACUCGUACAUUCACCAUGUUCGUAGUUAUGGCGCUAGUUACGACAUUUGUCACAACCCCAUUGACCACGGUCUUGUAUCCCAAGUGGUACCAGAUCAAGGUUGAUCGCUGGCGCCGCGGUGAAAUCGACUGGAACGGAAACCCCAUACAAUCUGAUUCGCGCGUUGAUAGCGUGACGCUGGCCAAGGAACAGCUUCAAGGUACUACCGUUCGACGGCUGCUAGUUUACCUGCGACUUGACGGUCUAUCAAGUAUCUGCACAUUGGCCGCGCUCCUCGGCCCUAGCCGUCUUGCUCAGCCUCCUCUUCCAAAAAUGCAUCCCGAUAAGAGAAAGUCCCAAACAAUGUCUCCGGAACCAGCGGCCGAAGAGGCUGCCCAAACGGAGGUCGAGGACGCUCCAGCGCUUCAGGUGCAUGGGGUCCGGUUGAUGGAACUAACAGAUCGUGAUUCUAGCGUGAUGAAAGUAUCGGAAAUUGAGGAAUAUACGCUGUGGGAUCCCGUGGUCAACACCUUUCGCGCAUUCGGCCAGUGGCAUGAUAUGUCAAUCAUGGCAGGCGUGUCCGUGGUACCAGAGCAUUCCUAUGCUGAUACGGUUGUGGGAAUGGCGCGUGAGGAGUCCAGUGACCUUCUCCUUAUUCCGUGGAGUGAGACUGGUGCCAUGAGCGAGCAUCAAACGGGACUUGGUAUUGAUGAAGCGAGCCGUUUUGCCAAUGGCCCAUACACUGACUUUGUAUCCAACGUGAUGCGCCAAUCUUCAUCCAGUGUCGGCGUUCUUAUUGAACGGAGCAUCUAUAGCCGUCGUACUCGUAAAGGACUUCUCACGAAACGAUCGUUCAGCGCCAUGAGUAUUCGCAGCUCCGUGUGGAAUAGCGCGCCACCAGCUGCUGCACGCUCUCACCAUAUUGUUUUGCCUUUCUUUGGUGGAGACGAUGAUCGAUUUGCGCUGCGCUUCGUGAUGCAACUCGCCCAGAAUGACCAGGUUACCGCCACCAUCAUCCACAUCGAUGUGGCGCCGUCUCCACCGCAAGUUUCAGAGGUCCACCAGAGUUCGCCCAGUAGCACCACAAAGGACAAGUCUUCAAGUCAGAUCUUAACCACCGCCCAGGGAUCAGAAUCGGAUGCUACCUUCUUCGGCGCCAUGAAGGACUCACUUUCUGAAGAGCUGACUACCCGGAUCGUCUUCACGCGGGUCAGCCCACAGAGAGAUAGCACCGACGCCGUGGGGGUUGCGGUUACUGCCGUCAAGGAAGAAAUGGGUAAGGUUCCGCAGAAAGCCGGGAACAUCGUCGUGGUGGGACGUCGGAACAACCGAGUGGAUCUGAACGAAUCCUCUACAUCCUCGCAGGAAGAGGUCGGCGCCGAAACCAGUAGGGUUCUGGGAGCGGUCGCACAAGCGAUGGUUCGCACUGAGAACCGCAUCGUUGGUGAUGUUCUGGUUCUGCAAGCAGGCAUGGGUGCCGUGGGUGCCCGGUAG